CUAUUCCUGGCUGGGCUCUCGGGAUUUUGUGCCUGUUCUUGCCCUGACCAAGCCACAGCCGGCUGAGCCUGUCCUCUCCUGCGUGUCAUUCAUUCAUUGCCGAAUUGGCCCUAAACCUUACCCACUCAUUAUCCUGUGCAGUACGGGGCAACACACACACACACCACAGAGGCCAGCCAGGAUCAAUCCCCUCCAUCGAAUGAGCUGCCUGCCUAUGAUGCUGGAUGAUCAAAUUUUGCCAUUUUCCUGCCUGCUUGAUCGUUCACUCUGCUCCUAACUCACUUCGGCACUGGGCCUUAGUCUCCGUAGUGUGAUAUCACACUUCAGUUAAAGUAAGUCGGCGUCCUAGUCAGCAUGGAGGGACCGUGUUGCUUUCUGUUCAUCUACGUGUCAGCUCGCGACUCCUUUCUCGCAAACUUUCUGCCUGGCCUCGCCGUGCCCAGCUCUUGCAGAAAUCAUCUCGAAUGGCUCGUAAACGCAGAGCUGACUCCAGCAGUACUCAGUCCAGCCCCAUGACAGUCCCGCGUCGAAGGUCGACAUUACGAGAGCUCCAAGCUUCCACGACGACUGAUGGCGAUGUCUUAACCCCCAAAGUCAUUGACGCGCGACCAUCCUUGGAAAAGGCUGAGAUGUAUGGCAUAGACGAUCCACGACCGGCUUCCUCGAGAAUGAUGGGGUUAUUGGGGCGCAUAUUCAUUGAGACAAUUCCACAAUGGCUUGCAGUUGGUGCUAUGCUCGGGUUGAUCUUUGGCGGUUGCUGCUCAAAUGUUUUUGCGCUGGAAGCUAUAGUGAAUGUAGAGCCGGACAGUGGAACACUUUUGACCUUUGUUCAAUUCAUCUUCGUGGCCACUACAGGAUACUUUUCGCAGUUCGACCGGACCCGACCUCCUUUCUUCCUCACGCCGAAUCACGUACCCAUAAAACGAUGGAUGAUAAAUAUACUUUUGUUCUUCACCAUCAACGUCCUGAAUAACCACGCCUUCAGCUACAACAUCUCGGUACCAAUACAUAUUAUUCUCCGGUCUGGAGGAAGCAUCACUACUCUGAUCGCUGGAUAUAUUUGGGGGAAGCGUUUCUCUAGGUUGCAAGUGAUUGCAGUCACUCUUUUGACAAUUGGUGUGAUCGUUGCGGCAUGGUCGGAUCAACAGUCUAAAAAAGAUAUUGCAACUUCUGAAGAAAGACCCGCGUUCAGUACUGGCCUCGUCAUACUCUUUGUUGCGCAAGUUCUGUCAGCUAUUAUGGGCUUGUAUACAGAAGAAACAUACAAGGCAUACGGACCCCAUUGGAAAGAGAACCUCUUCUACUCACACCUCCUGGCCUUACCUCUCUUUAUACCAUUCCUACCUUCAAUGAGGAGGCAAUUCAUAAAGCUGGCAGCUUCUCCCCCUCUGGGUCUUCCAGUAUAUGACCAAAUCUCGAACCUACCUCCUGAAUUUCAGAAAGGCUUGGAUACUGUCCAGAUCCCGAGUCAGCUUGUCUACCUCGUCAUGAAUGUUCUGACGCAAUAUGCGUGCAUUCGAGGUGUAAAUUUACUGGCUUCCGCAGCUUCGGCCCUGACAGUCACGAUAGUACUAAAUGUCAGGAAGUUGGUCAGUCUUUUGCUGAGCAUCUGGCUAUUUGGGAAUAGGCUUUCACCUGGAACGCUACUUGGAGCUUUCAUUGUAUUCUUCGCUGGAGGAAUGUAUGGAUUGGAAGGAUCCAAGAGCUCUGGUAGAGCCAGACAUAGAGCCAGUAUUGGUAACGGCAAAGUAGGAUAGUGUAGAGAAAAACCUUAUUUGCCAAUGAUAAGAGACAUUGAAUAUGUUUGCUUUUUCACGUGUUGGCGCGGUGAGCAACAAUAGGCGAGUUGACUUGAUCGG